UGUUUCGUUCUCUUGUAAAGGCAGUACAAGAUGAGCAAGCUCCCCUCCGACACCAUCCGCGACGGCAUCGCCUUCGUCCUCGAGAAGGCCAAGGCCAAGCCCCGUAAGUUCACCGAGACCAUCGAGCUCCAGAUCGGCCUCAAGAACUACGAUCCCCAGAAGGACAAGCGUUUCAACGGCACCGUGUCCCUCCCCACCAUCCCCCGCCCUAAGCUCAAGCUCUGCAUGCUCGGUGACGCCAAGCACUGCGAGGAAGCCGUCGGCGUGGGCAUCGACCACAUGGACGUCGAGGCUCUCAAGAAGCUCAACAAGAACAAGAAGCUGAUCAAGAAGCUCGCCAAGAAGUACAACCACUUCCUCGCGUCCGAGUCCGUGAUCAAGCAGAUCCCCCGUCUCCUCGGCCCCGGCCUCAACAAGGCUGGCAAGUUCCCCACGCUGUGCACGCACAACGAGGCGCUCGAGAACAAGGUCAACGGCAUCCGCUCGCAGGUCAAGUUCCAGCUCAAGAAGGUGCUCUGCCUGGCCGUCGCCGUCGGCAACGUCGAGCAGACCGAGAAGGAGAUCUUCGUCAACACCCAGACCUCCAUCAACUUCCUCGUCUCCCUCCUCAAGAAGAACUGGCAGAACGUGAAGUCCCUGAACCUCAAGUCCACCAUGGGUCCCCCCUUCCGCCUCUUCUAAGAGCCUUGCCGUUUCGGCCCGGCGGGUGAGCACCAACCCCCGCCGAGAAGAAGACACAAGAUGAUAAAGUCGUACCGUGUAUGAGGCCCUCGUUAAGUUUUAGACACUUAGCGUACCACCAACGCACCACAGCUGCACCCGAGUCGUCCCCGCAACAAGGCGGGUUGGCGGCGCGGCUAUGGGAGUGACUUGGUAGCUCCGAUUCCCCUCGCGCUGUCGCGGGGGGGAUGAGCGCGCUUGCUUCGUCCUGUACCUUACGAUCGAGAACCAAAACACACGACUGUUGAGUAGCGCACAUUAGGCGAUAUUCAAUACGAAUACAUCUGCCCCUAACUUGGUUGACGUCGCCCUCGCGUUAAUCAAUUCGUAGUCGUUAACCACGAGCCACUAGUCUCGCUAACUCUUACAGUCCCGGUAUGUCCUGCCCCGUCGCCAUCAGAGCCGCGAUGACCACGAGCACCCCGCUGUUCCACAUCGCGUGUAUGGUCAUCGGCGUCAGCAAAUUCCGCGUCCUCGCGUAGCUGAAUCCCAGCACCAUCCCCAGGCACACCAGCUGGGGGAAAUCCCUGGCGCUGAGGUGCGCCCCCGCGAAGACCACGGAGGAGAAGAGCACCGCGCCCGGGGUCGGGAGCCACCUCGUGAGCGACGUCAUGAGGAACCCCCGGAACACCACCUCCUCCAACGCCGGGGCGAACACGGACGUCACCGCCAGUAGCGACAGCAGCCUCGUUCCCUGGUCGUCUCCGCCGCCGAUCAGGGGUAAGACGGCGUCGAUGGUUCCCGGGCCGUCGGCCGAUCUCCGCGCCGCGUUCUGCGCCAACACCCGAUCCCGCACGGCCAGCUGUGCGUCGUCCGUCCCCCCGCUCGCCCCGUUGUUAACCGCAAACUCGCCGGCGUGUCGGUGCGUCGCCUCCACCGCCUCCAUCGGCGUCGAGAGCGCAUGAUUAUUAUUGUGCAAAUAUUCCCACGCGAACUCUCCGACGUUGAACGCGGUCGCGACUGCGGCGAUGGAGACGAACACCGCGACGUAUCCGUAGAGCGCCCACCUCAGCCAUCCCCUGUCGACGCCGAACGCGUCCUUCGUCGGGUCGACCACGAACCAAUCCCCCGCGGCGUCCAUGUCGUCCCUGUACCCCCGCAGCAGCAGCCAGAGCACUCCGAACGUGAUGCCCGUCUCCGCCGCUUGGAUGGCGAGGAGGUACUCCGUCUUUUGCGACGGGUCGAAGGUUCGCGGAUCGACGCCGUUGAGGGCGAGGAGAACCGGGGCG